ACAACAACUUCCGGGGUCGCUGCACACGAGAGUCUGACAGAAUCCAUAGAAAUACGGAAAACAUUCAUAUUUAGUGUCUUAAUAAUAACUGUCAGCUUUUUGUCUCCGUAAAACAUCUGUUUAGUGUUAGAUUGACGGCUUUCAAUUCACGUAAACAUGGUGUUUUACUUCACAAGUGCCGCAGUGAACCCUCCGUUCACCAUCUACAUGGGAAAAGACAAAUAUGAAAACGAAGAUCUCAUCAGGUACGGCUGGCCAGAGGACAUCUGGUUUCACGUGGACAAACUGUCUUCAGCACACGUCUAUCUGAGAAUGCCAAAGGGUCAAACCAUAGAUGAUAUUCCUCCAGAGGUGUUGAUAGACUGUGCACAGCUGGUGAAAAACAACAGCAUCCAAGGAUGUAAGAUGAACAACAUCAAUGUGGUUUACACACCAUGGGCCAACCUGAAGAAAACCGGAGACAUGGACGUCGGGCAGAUCGGCUUCCAUCGACAGAAAGAGGUGAAAAUUGUGGCGGUGGAGAAGAAGGUCAACGAGAUCGUAAACCGUCUGGAGAAAACCAAAGUAGAGCGAUUUCCCGACCUGGCAGCAGAGAAGGACUCGAGAGACCGAGAGGAGAGGAACGAGAAGAAAGCUCAGCUCCAGGACCAGAAGAAGAGGGAGAAGGAGGAGCAGAAGAGGAAAAAGGAGCUGGAGGAGCUCAGGAAUUAUUCAUCACUGAUGAAGGAUGAAAACAUGAAAACUAAUGAGGAUGGCUACGACUCCGACGACUUCAUGUGAGCGGUGAGAAACGGGAAGCAAGCAGACAGAUGGAUCGCCCCCGCUGCUUUUGCUUGCUUUAUCUCUGCACGGGCACACA